AUGAGUACCUACGGCACUCCGAUGGAGAUUGACACACCUGCUGCUUCAAAAGCUAGUGGUAGUGGCAAGGCUAAGGACACCUCGAAGAAGCGUUUUGAAGUAAAGAAGUGGAAUGCCGUAGCAUUAUGGGCUUGGGAUAUUGUAGUCGAUAACUGCGCUAUUUGCCGAAAUCAUAUUAUGGAUCUAUGUAUUGAAUGUCAAGCGAAUCAAGCUUCUGCAACUAGUGAAGAGUGUACGGUGUAG